CGCGCUCGAUGCAGUCUGCCUGAUGCCCACUCGCUCCACCCGCAACAAGCAGCCCCAGCCUCCCACCGCCGCCGCUCCUCCUCCCGCUCCCUCCGCCUCGGACCCCGACCACCCUCCCGCCGCCUCUCGUACGCGCAAGCGCAAGAGCGUCGCCUUUCAAGAUCCCGCCGACGAGCCACCAGCUCAGCAACCCGAGCCCGAGCAGCAGCCCCAGCCCGCCCCGAGGAGGUCUCGCCGCACGUCGACCGCCACCGCUUCGGCCGCCAGCAGCAGCAGCGCGACUACCUCGGCCGCCAGCCUCUCCGCCAAAGCCGCAGGCAAGCGCCGCGCCGUCUCGCCCUCGACCGCCGCCGCCGACGGCCCUCCCCCACCCGCCGACUCGUCCUCGUCCGCUGCGCCCAAGCGCCGCAAGCUGUCGCACGUCGCCAUCGACACCCCCUCGACCAACGCUCCCUCGACCGACAGCCUCCGUACCCUCCGCACCCGCUCCUCUCGCCGCACCGCCGCGACUCCCGCCUCGACCUCGACAGCCGCCGCGAGCCAGCACAAGAAGAAGACCCGCUCGUCCGCCGCCGCAUCCUCGUCGUCGUCCAAGGCCGCCACCCUCCACAAGCCCUCAUCCGACAUGCCCCGCAAGGGUACUCGCGCCACUCGCGCCGCCAAGGCGAAAGCCCGCGCCAUGGACGACGACGACGACCUCUCGCUCGACGCCCACCUCGCCGACGACUACAGCGACGAUGACGAGACGGGUGACGUCGAGAUGGACGACGCGCCCGUCAAGAAGCGCGGCACCUCGGCCCAGUCGAAGCGCAAGUCGAGCGCGACGGCCGCCGCAGCCGAUGCCGCGCCAGUCGCAGAGCCCGUCGCCGCCGUCGCCACCGAGUCGAGCGUAGCGGCGGCGUCGACAGUCGCAGACGAGCCGCGCGCCGCCGUCGUCGACAGCGAGGACGAGGAGGGCGAUGCGCACUCGGACGAGGAGGACGAGGACAGCGUGUCCGAUGAGGACGACGAGGGCGACGAGUUUGACGACGAUGACGACGAGGAGAUCGAGGAGUACGAGACGUCGCUCGGCCUCCACGGCGAGGAGCGCGGCGAGUACAGCGACGAGGAGGACACCGUCGACGCGCCGCGCACGUCCAACGCCGACGGCGACCCGCUCGCGUCGUCCCAGGCCCUCGCCGACGAGGAGGCCGACGCCGAGGCGGAAGCCGAGGCCCUGUUCGGCGCCCUCGCCGGCGCGGCAGGUCGUUCGGGCGACGGAGCCGCAGGCGGUGCCGGCGCAGGCGGCGGCGCCCUGUCGGCGUUCCGCGCCCUGCAGGGCAUGCUGUCGGGCAUGUCGACGCGCCUCAAGGGACUCCUCGCGUCGCUCAAGGCGACCGACGGCGACGGCACGGCCAAGCUCCUCGCGCUACAAGAACUCGCCGAGCUCCUGUCCAUCUCGACCGAGGACACGCUCGCCGGCUACUUCCAGAUCGAGGCCUUCUCGAAGGAGCUCGUCGCCAUCGUGCGCGGCGACUCGAACGGCAUGGGCAAGGGCGUCGGCGGCGGCGGUGGCGGCGGCGACGGCGCCAUGACGGUCGAGGAGGCGAUCGCGUUCGGGCUCGACCCGGCCGAGGUCGGCGCAGGCGGCGGCGGCGGCGGCGGGUCGGACGACAACGACGAGCAGAUGAUGCUCCUCGCGUGCCGGUGCCUCGCCAACCUCAUGGAGGCCCUCCCGGGCUCGGCGCACUCGGUCGUGUACGCCGGCGCGGUCCCGGUCCUGUGCGACAAGCUCAAGGACAUCCAGUACAUCGACCUCGCCGAGCAGACGAUGAGCACGCUCGAGAAGAUCAGCGAGGAGGUGCCGCACGCCAUCGUCCGCGAGGGCGGCCUGUCGGCCCUCCUCACGUUCCUCGACUUUUUCUCGUUCCACGUCCAGCGCACGGCCGUCACGGCGGCGGCCAACUGCUGCCGGUCCCUGUCGCUCGACUCGUUCGACCGCGUCGUCGAGGUCAUGCCCAUCUUCAAGAACGUCCUCGGCUACUCGGACCAGCGCGUCGUCGAGCAAGGGUGCCUCGCCGUCGUCCGCAUCGUCGACUCGUACCGCCACUACCCGGACAAGCUCGAGCAGCUCCUGACGGCCGACCUCCUCAAGGCCGUCCGCGCCCUCCUCAACCCGGACUCGACGACGGUCGGCGUCUCGACCUACACCCAGAGCCUCAAGAUGCUCACGACCGCCGCCCGCGCGAGCCCCGCCGUCGCCAUCAGCCUCGUCGAGCUCGACAUCGCCCAUACGCUGUACCACCUCCUGACGGGCGUCGCCCCGCCCGAGUGGACGAGCGACGACGCCGGCCGGCAGGUCCUCUCGCGCGAGACGACGGCCAAGGACGACAUGCUCGUCAUGCAGAACCUCGUCCAGCGGCCCAAGGAGCAGAUCGCCGAGGCCCUGUCGUGCGCCGCCGAGCUCCUCCCGGCCCUGCCCAAGGACGGCGUGUUCGACUCGCGCGCGUUCACGCCGGGCAAGGAGUCGCGCUCGUCGUCGCGCGCCGGCAAGGCGAGGAAGGAUGACUCGGCGGCACCCGUCGCCGCCGUCGCCGUCAAGCGCGAGCAGGAGACGCCCGACCUCGCCGCUGAAGCUUCGGCGUCCGGGUCCUCGUCUUCGGCCGCCGCGGCCGCAGCAGCAGCAGCGCCGUCGGCCUCGGCAGACCUCGCCGGCGACGUCAAGAUGGAGGCGGUCGACGAGCCCGUUCCCGCCGUCGCCGCGCUGCGAGCGCCCGCCAUCGCGCGCACGGCGUCGUCGACCUCGUCGCGGUCCAAGCGCUCGCGCGACCCGAACAAGGACGCCCUCGCCGCCAAGCGCCUCGAGCUCGUCGCCGUCGACGCGCCUGCGGCCCGCAAGCUCGUCUUCCAGCGGCUCGUCGCCCUCCUCCUGCCGACGCUCGUCGACGUCUCGGCCGCGUCCGUCUCGCCCCAGGUCCGCUCCAAGGCGGUCCUCGGCCUGCUCAAGAUGGUCCACUUCAGCGAGCCGCAGCCGCUCACCGAGGUCCUCAACACGGUCCCGUUCGCCGCCUUCAUCUCGGCCAUCCUGUCGAGCCGCGAGCACCAGCCGGCCCUCAUCACCAACGCGCUCCAGCUCGUCGAGCUCCUCCUCGUCAAGAUGCCCGACGCGUACCAGUACACGUUCCGCCGCGAGGGCGUCAUGCACGAGAUCGACCGCCUCGCUAACGAGGAGCUCGGCAGCGCCGCCGCCACCUCGAACAAGUCGAAGCGCUCGUCGCCGGCCCGCACCCCUCGCGGUGACGAGCCUGCCGCCGCUCCCGGUCCCGCGUCCAACCUGUCGCGCGUCCUCCAGUCGGCCCCUGUCGCCGCCGCCGCCGCCGUCGUCGCGCCGGCCUUGACGCCGGUCGAGGCGCAGGCCAAGGACGCUGUUACGCUGCGCGCCCGUCACCUGCGCGCCUCGUACGGUGCGCCCGACUCGGAGCCUGCCCUGCGCGCCCAGAGCGUCCUCGAGCGCAUCAAGGCGCUCGUUCAGCACCUCGAGAAGGUCGCCGCGUCGGGCUCGGGCUCGAGCGGCGGCGACGCGAUGGAGCGCGAGGCCAAGGAGGCGCUCGACGAGAUCGCCGGCCUGUUUGCCGACGAGAAGAACCCGCUCAGCAGCUUCGAGAUGGUCGAGAGCGGCCUCGUCGAGGGCCUCCUCAAGUUCGCGACCGAGCCGGGUUCGGGUUCUCUCACGCCGACCAAGCGCCAGGAGCUCAUCGCCCGAGCGUUCAUGCCGCAGCUCGCCGGCGGCAGCGCGACGCCCGCGUUCGCGGCCCUCGUCAAGCGCCUCCAGGAGAGCCUGAGCCGCCUCGAAGAGUUCGAGGUCGUCGUCGCCGCCCAGAACGCCAACGAGGUCGAGUCGCGCCGCAGCGGGACGUCCAUGCUCGGUCGACAGCUCAAGCUUCGCCUCAUCGCCGAGGACCCCGACAUCCCGCGCUCGUGCACCAACAUCGUCGUCUCGAUCCACGCCAUCGCCACGUUCGAGUCGUUCAACUCGUACCUUCGGCCGCGCAUCCUCGCGGCGCAGGCGGCGCAGGCGGCGCAGGCGGCGUCGGGCUCGGCGGCAGGAGGAGGAGCAGGUGGCGGCGGCGGCGGCGGCGCCGAUCUCGGCGACGCCUCGGCGCUUGCCGCCGCCCUCGCCGGCGCUUCCACCUCGGCGUCGGGCGCAUCAUCGUCGUCGUCGGCCGCCACCGCGUCGGCGCCCAAGGCCAAGCCGGCGUCGCCUAAGCGCAGGCGCAGCUCGAGGUUGAGCGGCAAGGGCAUCGACUUGGACGAGGAGGACGAGGCGCCAGCACCGUCGACGAGCAAGGCUGCCGAGAAGCCCGACGCCGACAACGAGCUCAUGGACGAGGACCCGUGCGAGGACGACGAGGAGGCGCUUCGCCGCGAGAACGAGGACCUCUUUGCUGGCGCUCUCGAGGCCCCGCAACAGCCUCGCGAGGACAAGCCCGUCAGCCUCGAGGUCUCGGGCGAGAAGGUCGUCGCCAAGACGCCCGACGGCACCCGGGUCGCGACGCCGCAGCCGGCCAAGCCUGCCGAGGCCGCAUCGUCCUCGUCCCGGCCGUCACCGGCGCCGACCCCGCAGAAGCGCGCCUCGUACGCGGCGGCGCUCAAGGCCGAGCCGACCGACUUCCACCUCGAGUUCUCGCUCGGCGGCCACGACGUCGACCUCGACACGACCGUGUACGGCGCCGUCCACCGCUACGAGAGCCAGCAGCCGGCCGCUCUGCGCCGCCAGAUGUGGUACAACGUGUACGACGUCAAGUACCGCAAGGUCGACGGCGCGGCGAGGCCCGACGAGGACGACGCCAACGCGCUCGGCGACCGCCGUCGCCGCGAGGGCUCGAUCUUCUCCAACAUGCCCCAGUCGAUCCCGACGGGCUCGCAGCAGGCCAAGAUCCUCCAGCUCCUGCACGUCCUGCGCACGGUCAGCGCCGACUUUGGCGACGUCGCCGGCGGCGCCGUGCAGCCGGCCGGGCUCGCCGACUCGGCGUUCGUGAACAGCAAGCUCACGGCCAAGCUCAACCGCCAGCUCGAGGAGCCCAUGAUCGUCGCGAGCGCUCGUUCCCGUUUCCUGUUCCCGUUCGACACGCGGUACACGUUCCUCCAGUCGACCUCGUUCGGCUACGCCCGCCUCAUGCAGAAGUGGGUCGGCCAGACGAGGUCCGACACGAGCCGCCGCGACGAGAACCUCGGGUUCCUCGGUCGCCUGCCGCGCCAGAAGGUCCGCAUCUCGCGCGACCGCAUCCUCGAGUCGGCUUACAAGGUCUUUGAGCUGUACGGCUCGUCGCGUGCGAGCCUCGAGGUCGAGUUCUUCGACGAGGUCGGCAGCGGCCUCGGCCCGACGCUCGAGUUCUACGCCCUCGUCUCCAAGGAGUUUGCCCGCAAGACGCUCGGCCUGUGGCGCGAGGGCGACCACGCCGACAAGUCGGACUACGUGCACACCCGCACCGGCCUGUUCCCGAUGCCGCUCGCCGACUCGACGACCGACGCCGGCAAGAAGGUCCUCAGGGUCUUCCGCAUCCUCGGCCAGUUUGUCGCCAAGGCCAUGAUGGACACGCGCAUCAUCGACGUCAACUUCAGCCGCACGCUCAUGCGCCUCGUUCUCGAGCAGGACGUCCCGCUCUCGAUCGCAAGCGUGACGGCCGUCGACCCCGAGCUCGGCUCGUCGCUGUCGCACCUCCAGGAGUACGUCGCCGCCAAGGACGAGAUCGAGGCCGACGAGGCGGCGUCCGAGGACGACCGUCGCAGCAAGCUCGACGCCGUCCAGGUCCGAGGCGCGACCGUCGCCGACCUCGUUCUCGACUUCACGCUCCCCGGCCGCAACAUCGAGCUCAAGGAGGGCGGCGCCGAGAUCCCGGUCACGCUCGACAACCUCGCCGAGUACAUCGACCUCGUCAUCGAGUGGACGCUCAAGCGCGGUAUCGAGGCCCAGGUCGCCGAGUUCCAGCGGGGUUUCUCGACCGUCUUCCCCGUUCGCGACCUGCAGACGUUCACGCCUGCCGAGCUCGUCAUGAUGACGGCAGCCGUCGAGGAGGACUGGACCGUCGAGACGCUCACCAACUCGGCCAAGGCCGACCACGGCUUCACGAUGGACAGCCGACCUGUGCGCGACUUCCUGUCGAUCAUGGCCGACUUCUCGGCAGAGGAGCGGCGCGAGUUCCUCUCGUUCAUCACGGGCUCGCCUCGCCUCCCGAUCGGUGGCUUUGGGGCACUCAGCCCGCCGCUCACGAUCGUGCGCAAGGACGGCGGCGACGCAGCGCUGCCCUCGGUCAUGACGUGCGUCAAUUACGUCAAGCUCCCGAACUACUCCUCGCGCGCCGUCGUGCGCGAGCGCAUCCUCAUGGCCGUGCGCGAGGGCGCCGACGGGUUCCACCUCAGCUAGUCCCCCUCCCUCUCUCUCCCCCUUUCUCGUCUCUCGCUUGCCCUCCUUUGAGUACUGUGCGUCCCCUCGUCGACUCUCAUCUGUGUAGAACCCCUCGCGCUUUUCCUCGCCUCCCCUUCUUGUACCGCUUGUUCGACGAUGCAAAGUCCCUCUCCUUCCUCUCCCUUCCUC